UGACCUGGGAAUGGUCUUGGCGUUAGCUCCGCUCUACUUUGCAGCGACAGCUGCUCUUCAGCAAUGGACAGCGGCAAGGCAGGAAUGUUGAUUGGCGAGCCUUGCGAAUGCAUUCGCUAAUUGAGGAUGAACCUCAUCUAGGUAUAACAUUGAAUUACUCCCAGGUGUUCGCAUGCGCACGUAUACGUACACGGCAGUAUGCGCCAGAAGAGAGCAACAGCCAGCAGCUAGCAAAGCUUAGCGUCACUAGAGCUCUACUCCAAGCUCAUGUCAAGCAGCGCUCAACUCAUUAGCGGUGUGAUCGCCAACCAGAAUUUGCGGAUUGUCGCUGGCACUAUCCACGGAUCUGUGAACUUUGGAAGCAGCGAAAACUUGAACAAUGUGCUCAACUCCCUCCCUACCGCAGAGGAUGCGCCGUUCAAUACAUACCAGCGACAACACAACCCGGCCUGCCUUCCCGAUACCCGCCGCUGUAUUUUCUGGUUGAACGGUUUGGCCGGCACGGGCAAGUCGACAAUUGCGCGCACUGUCGCCCGCAAGCGGUUCGAUAAGCAGCAUCUCGGAGCCAGCUUCUUCUUCUCGCGCGACGGUGAAGAUGUCAACCAUGCAGGCAAGUUCAUCACGAGCAUUGCGUGGCAGCUGGCGAACAACAUACCCUCUCUUCAACAGCACAUUUGCGAUGCCAUCAUAGAGCGCCGCGACAUUGCGAGUCAGUCCCUCCGUGACCAGUGGCAGCAGCUUAUCCUACGUCCACUAUUGAAGCUAGGUGAAAACGGCGGCCAGUCCUCGUACAUACUUAUCGUUGAUGCGCUCGAUGAGGGCGACGGUGACAACAACAUCCGAUACGGAAUCCGUCAGGUACCGAAUGCGAAUCUCCAGGAUUUUGUACUUCACAGCAUAUCACCCUCAACUGUAGAUCACGACAUCUCUAUAUUCUUCGUGCAUCAUCUCAAGCUUAUUAGAGAGGAGCACUGUCUGGAUAUCUGCUGGCCAAGCGAAGACAAUAUCAGACACCUAAUCCAGCUUACAGAUGGGUUGCUUAUUUGGGCCGCAACCGCCUGCCGAUUUAUCUACGAAGGGAAACGAUUUGCCACCAGAAGACUUAAUACGAUUCUUCGGAGCAGUGGCAGCGCUCCCAGAGCGCCGGAGAAGCACCUAGACGAGAUCUAUACGACUGUGCUGAAACAAUCCGUCGCUCCGGAAUACACGGACGAGGAGAAAGAAGAGGCAUUUUGCAUGUUGAGAGAAAUCCUUGGCAAUUACUUUGAUAUUAAGAAAAAGGCCGUCGACCAGACGUUAAACGACCUACACUCCGUCCUGGACGUUCCGAAAGACCAAAAGAAAGACCAAAAGCAGCCUCUUCGUCUUCACCAUCCGUCGUUUCGGGACUACCUCCUCAGCAAUGAUAGGUGUAAGAACCAAGACUUGUGGGUGGACGAGAAGCAGGCCCAUCAACUGUUGGCUGACAGCUGUAUACGGCUUAUGUCAACAUCACUCAAGCAAGAUAUCUGUUGCGUGGAUGCCCCCGGCAUGGCUGUAGCCAAUGUCAAGAGAAGCCGAGUUGAACAAUGUUCUCCUCCUGAAGUCCAGUACGCAUGUCUUUACUGGAUCCAGCACCUCUAG